AUGCCCCACGAAGCCCCCAAGCUUGCCGACCCCAGCCUGUUCAAGCAGCAGUGCUACGUCAAUGGCAAUUGGGUUGAUGCGCGAUCAAAGAAGACAUUUGCUGUGAGCGACCCUGCCACCUCAAACCAGAUUGCGACAUGCCCCGAAUUCGGCAAGGAAGAUACCGUAACAGCUAUCGAAGCUGCCGCUGCAGCUUUCCCUUCUUUCCGCAAGACCACCGGCCGCGAAAGAUCGCGACUCCUCCGAAAAUGGUACGACUUGAUGAUUCAAAAUGGCGAGGACAUUGCCAAGUUGAUCACCUGGGAAAACGGAAAAUCACUCUCCGAUGCACGCAUUGAAUCCACAUAUUCCGCCGGCUUCUUUGAAUGGUUCUCCGAAGAAGCACCUCGCAUCUACGGCGAUACUAUCAUUCCCAGCGUACCCGGUAACCGCGCCAUCACGCUCAAACAGCCCAUCGGAGUAUGUGCGUUGAUCGCGCCCUGGAAUUUCCCUGCUGCCAUGAUCACACGUAAAGUCGGCCCUGCAUUGGCCGCAGGCUGCACAGUAGUAAUCAAGGCCCCUGCGGAGGCACCUUUGACGGCUCUCGCUCUCGCUGAACUCGCCCACCGCGCCGGUAUCCCCAAGGGUGUUGUCAAUGUGAUUACUGCGCUGGACAACACCAUUUCCGUUGGCGAGGUCCUUACCGAACAUCCUACAGUCAAGAAGGUCUCCUUCACAGGCUCUACACGCGUUGGAAAGAUUCUGAUGAAGCAGUCUGCUUCGACGCUUAAAAAAUUGUCCUUUGAGCUCGGCGGCAACGCACCUUUUAUUGUAUUCAACGACGCCGAUGUUGACCUUGCUGUCAAGGGUCUGAUUGCUAGUAAAUUCCGCGGCUCGGGCCAGACCUGUGUUUGCGCCAACCGCAUUUUCAUCCAAAGCGACAUCUACAAUGAGUUUACCAACAAGUUUGUCGAGGCAGUCAAGGCCUUCAAGCUUGGAGCUGGCUUCGAGGAAGGCGUCACUCACGGUCCGCUCAUCCACGAGCGCGCCGUCGACAAGGUCGACGAGCAUGUCCAAGAUGCCAUUGACAAGGGUGGCAAGGUCGCCGUUGGUGGCAAACGUCGCCCCGACCUGGGCAGCUGCUUCUUCGACUUGACUGUCAUGACCGGCAUUACCAAGGAGAUGAAGGUAACAAAGGAGGAGACCUUUGGACCGCUGGCCGGUCUUUUCCCCUUUGAGACUGAGGAGGAGGUGAUCAAGCUUGCCAACAACUCAGAGGUUGGUCUCGCUGGAUACUUUUUCAGCAAGGAUGUCGCUCGAUGCUGGCGUGUGGCCGAGGCCCUCGAGGUUGGCAUGGUCGGUGUCAAUACUGGUGCUAUCAGUGACCCUGCGACGCCAUUUGGUGGUGUCAAGGAAAGUGGUUUCGGCCGAGAGGGCAGCAAAUACGGCGUGGAUGAGUACGUUGUCAUCAAGACUAUCACGACUAGCACUGCUUAA